CGAGAGAAGGGGAAGGUAAACAGUGCUGGGUUUCAGAGAGGAUAGCUUGGCCCCCUGUCUCUCUGACCACUCUUCCUGGUGCAUUCAGCUACAUUAACAACAACGCCUGCAGCCUGGCUGACUGAGGAACCUGAUGGUCUACUGGAAUAAGAGUAUUCCCACGGACCGAUAAAGAACCUCCUUGUUUUGAUAUUUAUUUAAAUCUAUUUACAUUUUUCGUAAUUAUUUUCUAAGUUAAGUUAUUACUGUUGAAUAGACAUUAGAUCCAAAUGGAUCUGAGAGCUAAACAUAGUCUGGGUCUUCUGGACCAGCUGAGGAAGAUGAGGGAGACAGAGAAGCUGACAGAUGUGGUGCUGGUGGCUGAGGACAUCAGCUUCCCCUGCCAUCGCGUGGUCCUCUCAGCCUUCAGCCCUUACUUCCGGGUCAUGUUCACCUGUGGCCUGCGGGAGUGCAGUACUAGGGAAGUAUUUCUGCGUGACACCCCAGCCGAUAGCCUGGGUCUAUUGUUGAACUACAUGUACUGUUCUGAGCUCCCACUCAACAACGCCAAUGUACAGGGGGUGUCCGUUGCCGCCUUCCUUCUACAGAUGGACGAGGUAUUCAACCGCUGCCAGAGCCACAUGAGGGAGAACAUGGACGCUUCCAACUGCCUCGGGGUGUACUACUAUGCCCGCGACCUUGGAGCCGAGGAGCUGGCCGACCAUGCCCAGAGAUACCUACGGACGCACUUCGUUCAGGUGUGUAUGAGCGAGGAGAUUCUAGAACUAGAGGCCCAUAAGCUGGGGGCGCUGCUGAGCUCCGACGACCUCAACGUGUCACGCGAGGAGACCAUCCUGGAUGUGGUGCUGCACUGGGUCAGACAGGACACUCUAGGAGACGGGGUGGAGUACGGGCGGAGUAGACACCUGGCUGAGCUCUUGAGGAAGGUGCGCCUCCCCCUGGUGGCCCCUGACUACCUGAAGGAGGCCAUGAAGAGGAAUAUGUCCCUUCUGGCAGAUGCAGAGUGUCUGGAGAUGAUGGAGGAGGCUCUGGAGGCCACUGGGAUGCACCCUUCAGUUGCUCCCAGGAAACUGAAGCUCCGAUAUGGAAUGGAGACCACAGAUCUGCUACUCUGCAUCGGCAACGAGGGCGGAGGGAUCCGAUCGCGGUAUGGAAAUUAUUCAGAACGCAGCUUCUGCUAUGCCCCCUCCACGGGCCGGACCUACUACAUCACAUCCCCGCGCUACGGAGAUGUUCUGGGAGUCGUGUGUGCCGGGGUCGUCACCGAGGGCAAUGAGAUUGUGGUGGCUGGGGAGGCAGGGGUGAGGAAAAUGGCCAGGCAAACAAACAGGAAUGUGGAGCUAUUCAGGUACAGGGUGGAGGCCCAGGGGACCUGGGAGCACCUGAGCUCAGCUGAAUACCGAGACUCAUAUGCACUGGGGGCGCUGGGUGAUACUAUUUACCUGCUGGGAGGCCAGAUGAAGCUGAAGAACCAGUACCUCAUCACCAACUGUGUGGAACGCUGGUCCCUGCAGGGUGGGCCCUGGCGUAGUGCCGCCCCGCUACCCAUGCCACUGGCCUAUCAUAGCGUGGUGCGUCUGAAGGACCGUCUCUACGUGCUCGGGGGUCGAACUCCACAGUCCUGGCGGGUGGAUGACGAGCCAGACCGCUUGAGCAACCGUCUGUUGGAGUAUGACCCUGAGACAAACAAGUGGACAGAGCUGGGUCCCAUGAAGCACUCUAAGUACCGCUGUAGUGCUGUGGCGCUCAAUGGGGAAAUCUACGUGAUGGGGGGCAUCGGCUGUGAUGGGGUAGAUCGUGGGCAGUCCCGUCGUUGCCUUGAUGCUGUGGAGAUCUACAACCCCGAUGGAGACUUCUGGAGAGAUGGGCCCACUAUGCCCUCUCCGCAGCUAUCCCUACGCAGCAAUGCCUCCAACGCCGGAGUGGUGGGGGGCAAGCUAUAUGUGUGCGGAUACAACAAGGGAGCCGAUUGUCAUGAGGACAUAAUCAAGGACAUCCUGGAACUAGACCCAUGGGAGAACCGCUGGACCGUGGUGGCCCGCCAUGUUCUGAUGCAUGAUGCCUACGACGUCUGCUUGGUGGCAAGCCUCAAUCCCCGGGAGCUCAUGUCUCCCCCGGCAGACCUAGUAACUCAGUGACACCCACCCACCCUAAGGUCUAAGGACCCGUUCUUAUCUAAGAGCAGCUUGGGCAAUAACGAUUUUUUCUGAAAACUGAGAGCUGAUAAUAUUGAGCAAAACCUUUCCGCUGCUGUGGGCCAGGAGUGAAAAUGCAGUAGUGCUGGCUGAUCCUGGUGAUGCUUGUUGGUUUAUUGAGAUGCAUUUGAUCUCUCGUGACAUUACAGUUAGUGUUUGAAGCCCUGACCUGAGUGGGGCACUGCACAAAAUCCAACUCUGCACUUGUCUUGAACUGUAUAUGAACUACUGAUUUGCACAUUUAGAAGUAGACAUUGUAUCUAUCUUCAAUGAAUAUCAUACCUUAGUGGGUUUUAUGGCACAGCUUGUAAAUAUAAUUGUUGUGAUUUUGUAUCUCGUUGUAAAAUGCCUCUGGCGAUCUCUAGAAUUUUGGAAAGUAAACCAUAGACAGGUCCUUCACAAUCUAAUGAUUUUAAAUCAAUCAUUCACUGCUUUUUGCUCUUUACAUCUGUGUUCAAGAUUAUAUUUUUGUCAUUCAAAUAAAGCUUACAUACAAUGCCUUGCAAAAGUAUUCACCCCCUUAGCGUUUUUCCUAAUUUGUUGCAUUACAACCUGUAAUUUAAAUUGAAUUUUAUUUUGAUAUCAUGUAAUGGACAUGCACAAAAUAGUCUGAAUAGGUGAAGUGAAAUGGAAAAAAAAUUACUUAAUUAAAACUUUAAAACUUAAAAAAAAAUGUUUAAUUAAAACUGAAAAGUGGUGGGUGCAUAUGUAUUCACCCCCUUUGCUAUUGUUGGAAUUGGCUAAACUUUGAACAUUGAGAUAUUAAAUAAAUGAUAGAGACGAAGUCUUGAAUAGAAAUCAUCUGUAGCAACCCAGAAGGCUUUGGAAUGUGUUUGAUGGAGGAGAGGAGAGCGAUAUGUUGAUAUAGGGAAGACAGAUGGAUAUCUGUGGAUUAGGUGAAGGAGGGGUUGUGGAUUAGGAGGUGAGGGUUGAGGUCAGUUCCCCUUAAAGGAGUAAUCAGGGUUGGUAUCUGGUUACCUUCUUUCUCUUGGACAUAAACUAAGGAUGGAGAGGGGGAGUGUCUUAAUUAGGAUGUACUGAAAAUAUAACUGAAAAUAUGAAAAUAUGAAAAUAAAAAUAUGAACCUUUGAAUAUC